AGGCAAAACGCAGGGGCCGACAAACAUAACGACAAACACGGUUUGUGGAGGGAAAAAAAAAGGGGAAAGUGCUAGGUCAAGAGGACCCACUCGUCGCCGGCGAUUACUGACGUGGGCGUCACCGAAAAAGUGCUUUUACCGGCGGCCGUCGUGGUAAGAAGGUUUAUAACUGAUAUUCAUUUGCUUUUGUCCGUUGAAAGGCGAGGAAGACAUUGUUGAUUACCAUUGUGUUCGCAUCGCUGUUGUCAAAGGGUUAAAUAUGGAUAGGGAGGAAGGGAAAAGUGAUAGAUGUGAUACUGGUGGGGAGGAAUGGAGCGAAACAAACUCAGGGUCUGUGUUCUCAGACUUUGAGAACAGUGAAGAGGAGGAAAUUGAUGAUGAUUAUUUUUCAGAAUAUGUAGAUGUGGGAGUAAAUGAUGUGUUAGAAGAAGUUGUAGAGAGUUCAGAAUUUUGGAGAGCCGAACCUGAUGGUAGAGGACAAAAUAAUGUUGUUGAGGCAAGGGAGGAAGAUAUAUUGGGCUUGUUAUCUGAUCAUGAGUCAGAGGGAAUUGAUGAAAGUGCAAGAUCAAGUGAAGAAGACGAUGAAGGAGAAGGCAACGUUAAUAGAGUAAGAUAUAAUCCGGUAGAGAUGUGUAAAGAGUUUAAAUUUGUGUUAGGUAUGGAGUUUACUUCCAUUGGUCAGUUUAAAGAUGCAAUUAGAGAGUAUGCCUUACUCCAUGGAUAUGAAAUCAAAUUUGUGAAGAAUGAUAAGGUGAGGUGUAGGGUCAAAUGUGCACAUGUUGAAUGCAAGUGGUUAAUGUUUGUGAGCCAAAUGAGAGGUGAGUUAACAUAUCGGUUGAAGACAUUACACUCAAAGCAUACAUGUGGGGUAUCCUUAAAAGGGAAGAAUGCUAGCUACAAGUGGAUUGCAGAAAAGAUAGUUCACAUUAUGAAGAGAAACAAAAACAUCAAGUUGGCGGAUAUAAUUGCGUCAGUGAGAGAACACUACAUGGUUGAUGUUUCUGUGUGGAAGGCCUACAUGGCUAGAAAAAAGGCUAAGGCUUUGAUUGAUGGUGACUAUAAGGAGCAAUAUCAUAAAUUAAGAGAUUAUUGUAAUGAAGUGAGGAAAUGUAACUUAGGAACAACAUUUGCAUUACUUACUGAUCAGCCUUGCGUAAAUCAUCCUCCUGUUUUCAAGAGAUUAUAUGAGUGCAUAGGUGCUGUGAAGCGAGGUUUUGUAGCGGGUUGUAGACCGAUCAUUGGGUUAGAUGGGUGUUUCUUAAAGGGUCCAUAUGGAGGGAUAUUACUUGUGGCUGUGGGACGUGAUGCUAAUGACCAGUACUUUCCAUUAGCAUGGGCCGUGGUUGAGUCACAAAGUAGAGACUCAUGGACAUGGUUUUUGAAAAAUCUGUUCGAUGACAUUGGGAGUAUGCAGGAAAGGAGAUGGAUAUUUAUAUCAGACCAACAAAAAGGUCUUGUGCCAACAUUUGAAGAAUUAUUAGAAGGUGCGGAACACAGAUUCUGUGUGCGCCAUUUGUAUUCUAAUAUCAAGGUCAAAUAUGGAGGAGGCACUCUUAUUCGUGACUUAGUUCUCCGUGCUGCAAAGGCAACCGUGCAAUCUGAUUGGAGAGACCGUAUGAAUGAGUUGAAGGCUAUUUGUAGUGGAGCUCAUGAUCAUUUGAUGGCAAUCCCUCCAAGUUGUUGGAGCAGACAUGCAGCUGCUUGUAUUUAUGCCAAGAGGGAGGAUCCACAUGAUUAUGUGGACAAGUAUUUAACAUUGCAAUCAUUUGUUGCGUGUUACUCACCUGUUAUUGAGCCAAUCAAUGGUGAAGCAUUGUGGGAGAAAGCUGAUGGUGAGCCCAUUGAACCUCCCGUAUAUCACAAGCGUCCUGGGAGGCCAACAAAAAAACGAAAGAAAGGAUUGGACGAACAACAAUCAGCUGAGACAGAACAUGAGAAGCGACAAUAUCGCACCUUCUUAUGCUCUAAUUGUGGAAAACAAGGACACAAUCGGCGGACUUGCAAGCAACCCACCAGACCUAACAAGCUUCCAAUCAAGAGAAAGCAAUCAUCUUCUACUCAAGAGUCAAUUGUUGCAACUCCUCCGGGUAGCAGUCAACCUUGA